AUGGCGCCAGCCAGAAUAGAAGACAGUGAAUUCGAGGACUGGCUUCAGCUAGGUCUUGACGACAACAACUGGAUUGUCCAACAAGCCUCCCUAGGUGUUCCUAUCACACUGCCCUGGAAGAGACAGCGGGUUAGGUUGGGAUCCUGUUUCCGAUCCCGCGCCAUACAUGGCGAUCCGUGGCUUGAAGGAAAUCCCUUCAUCUUGUCAGACCUUUUCAUGAUCCCCAAGAUCUUGCGGAGCGAAUACGGCAGUGUGUCUUCGUUUCACUCUGUCAAUACAACCCGCAAAAGCGAGACUGGUAACCAUUUAAGCCUGGGCUUUGGCGUUGGAGUUGGCCUACCUCUCCUGUGUUCUGCUUCCGUCAAAGGAACGUAUGAUGAGGACGUGCAAAACAACACAGAUUCGGACAAAAGUUCUAUCCGUGCCAGUGUUCGGAGUGCAACUGUGCAACUGGACCGUAAUCCGCGGCUCUCUCACGAGGCUAUGGUAAUGCUAAAGUACGGAGGUGGCUAUCAAGCAUUCACGGAGAAGUAUGGCGACUACUUCGUGUGGGGAUAUCGUCUUGGAGGGGAUGCUGGGCUUAUGGUGAGCAGCUCCAGCUUUUCAACCAGAAAGGACGAGUCGUACGGCAUCAAAGCGACUCUCGAAGUCUUGACCGUCGAAGUGAGCCACACCUGGACCAAAGACUUGCAUUCCUUUGAUGCUGGAAAGGCGAUGAGAGUCUUGGGCUACGACACGCUCAGCAACCGGAAUUGGAACGUCACGAGUGCUGGGGAUGGCGGCAUUAAUGCUCUGCUUGGGCAGACAGGAGAGAUCAUUCUGAGUUCGCAAAAUAUCCUUGAGAGAGUGCUCAAAAUCUUGGAGGAACAGAAAAUGACUGACGGAGACUCGUUAUCAAAUGAACAGUGCGACUUUCUGACUAGCAAUGGAGUGGUAGUCGAGCUUGUUCUUCUGCCCAUGUCUGCUAUGAGGGAUGUAGCUCGCUGGACAACUGAACAUGAUGUAAUAUAA